AGUCGAAUUUUGAUAUACAUCCAAGUCUCGUACACAAACUCGAAUCCAAAGUUGUUUUUUUUAGCUUAAACAAAUCUCUUUAUCUCUGAACGAAAGAUGAGUAAUGGCAGCUUCAAGCAGGAUCAUGAUUUCGAAAAGAGGAAAGCUGAAGCUUUAAGGAUCAGAGACAAGUACCCUCACCGUGUCCCGGUGAUUGUGGAGAAGGGAGAGAAAAGUGACAUACCAAACAUGGACAAGAAGAAAUACCUCGUCCCAGCGGAUCUAACUGUAGGCCAGUUUGUGUAUGUGAUUCGUAAAAGAAUCAAACUGAGUGCAGAGAAAGCUAUCUUUAUCUUUGUUGAUGAUGUUCUUCCUCCCACCGGAGCAAUGAUGUCAACCAUAUACGAAGACAAGAAAGAUGAAGACGGCUUCUUGUAUGUUACUUACAGUGGGGAAAACACAUUUGGAUCCUCAUGAUUGACUAGAAAAAUCGAAACACUUGGAUGUUUUUUGCUUUUUAAGUUGGAAGUUCAUUGCUUUUAAGUUUUCAAUGGAGCGUAAAUGAUUAUAAUC